GCUGCGUGCGGUGGCGCGCGUGGAGAUAGGUUCGAUAACAACUUUAAAAAAGAGGCUAUGUUCAGCUUCUUCCGAAAAAGUCAAGAUUCAAAGAAGGUUACAGUGCCAGAGAGAGAAGCAGAUGGAUUUGUUAUUGUGGGUGACACAGCUGAUGAUCAAAGUAGAGAGUCAAAGGAUAAAACAUUGUUUCCAGAGACCAGACCAAUGUACAAUAAACCUCCACAGCAUACCUGCUACAGCAAAAUGGAGAUAAAUACAGGGCACCGAUCGCAGCUGACCGUAUCAAGUGCGGAGGUGGGAAAUGAAAGGAGUCCAAAUUUAGAAAGCAGCCCUUUCAUGUCAGAUCUUCUGAGUGACAUACCCUUUGCCCUAGCACCACAUGUGUUAGCAGUACAGGGCGCCCAUAAUGACGUUCCUGACCGAUUGCUCACCUACGACAUCAAUGAUAAUUUAUCAAGAUUUUGGUAUGACUUUACACUUGAAAAUUCAGUGCUCUGUGAUCCGUAAUGUUUUCUUUAAUUUUUCUGUCUGUGUUAAGGCAAGUCUUAAUGUGAAGAUAAAGACAUAUUUUUAACAUCUUAAUAUUUUGGGGGCCUGCCACUGGUGCAUCAGACGCAUUAAAUCAAUAGGGUUGUUAUUCAGUACUGUGUUGUAUUUCUUAGUUUUAACUGAAAUGUAACUUACUAUGUUAAGUAUUACGUUUACCUCCAAAGAAAUCAAGCAGAGCUUUGUUUCAGCCUGAGUACAAGACUUGCUGUUGGUACCACUUCUAUGCACUUCUGCAUUAUUAGUUAUUUUACUCUGAUACUAGAGACAUAGAUGCAGUUACGCAAGUUUAAGAUUAUCUUUGAUUUUCUACAGAUAGAAGCCCAGAUUUAGUGCUAAAGUAAUGCUGCUUCAUAGUACUGGACCGACAUCUUUCCAGUCAAACUGAGUUUUAAAACUCAGACUUAAUUACACAUAUUUACAUAGUUAUGAAUAUUUAAUAAAAUUGAUUAGACUUACCAAUUUCAAAGUGAACAUUAGUUGUCUCACUCCUUUUCCAGUAGGUGUUUUGCCUGUCUCAUUUUGUCAUUUUGUGCCUCUUCUGUUGUCUUAAGAAGCUCUUUCUGGCUGCCUGUUGGUUGCUGUUUGUUCUCAUUACCACAUGUGUUCCUGAUUUAUACACAGAUCAGCUUUUCCAUUUUAACCUCUUUGCCCCCUAAAGAAGGAAAUCUCAGGACACGUACUUUUAAUGGUCACACCCUUCUUUUUUUAAUUUGUGUGCCAGAGAUACAGAUGGCAAUGUUUAACAACAGGAAAACAUUACAUUGUUUCUUAUCCAGCUAAAUUAAAUGGCUAAGUACAUAAACAUGCAUUCUCACAGACCACUGUGUUGCCUGCUCACAAGCUUUUGGGUAUGUAAUAUUUUUUCCAACUAGAACCUGAGUUGUUGUUGCAUGAGCAACAGCUCACUGAUGUAACAUCAUGAUUUGUUUGAACAAUGAUCUGCGUUACACAAAAGAUUACACUUGUUUUCUCUUGGGGUAGAAUAUUUAUAUUGUGCCAAAUGUUAGUGGAUAUUUUCAUAUAUUUUCUAUGAUCUGUGAUAGCUUAAAAUUAUAUAUAUUUUCAGACAUGUGUCCUCUUAAGGUUUUCGAGAUAAAUACUGUAAAUGAUGAAGAAGUUGCAUUGUGAAUAUGUCUUAGGUUGGUUGUUAAAUAUUCAUGUUUUAGAUUUUUUUAAUGUAUGUAUUUAUGUAAAUUUGUUAGUGUAUUUUUGUCAAUUAUGUUCAUAAAUGUUUGAAAGUAAUUGUUUCAGGGAAAAUGUCUGUGCUGCACUCAAAUAAAAAAGUGGUAAAAUA